GAGAGUGUCUACAAAGACUUUCUUCUUCUUGAUGGGUACAUCGGACAAACCUCCUGCUCCUGUUCCUCCCACCACCUUCUCCAAAUCCUUUACCACCCGCAUAUUCUCCGAUGUUGCGGGAGAUAUCACAAUUGUCGUAGAUGGAGAGCCUUUUCUACUACACAAGUUUCCUCUGGUGGCUCGGUGUGGAAAGAUCAGGAAACUGGUGGCAGAGAUGAAAGACUCUUCAAAACCCCUCUCCCAUACAGAGCUCCUUGACUUCCCUGGUGGUUCUAACACUUUCGAGCUCGCCAUGAAGUUCUGUUACGGCAUCAACUUCGAGAUCACAAUCUCCAACGUGGUUCCCCUCCGCUGCGCAGCCGGUUACCUCGAGAUGACAGAGGACCACAAAGAAGACAACCUCAUCUCACGGACCGAGACUUACCUCGAACAAGUCGUGUUUCGCAGCCUGGAGAAGUCGGUGGAAGCUCUCUGUUCCUGCGAGUUGCUUCACCCUCACGACGACAUAGCUGAAGCUUCCCGCAUCCCUGAGAGGUGCGUGGAGGCUAUCGCUAUGAAUGCAUGUAGAGAACAGUUAGUGUUGGGACUAUCACGUCUUAACAGAACUAGCCAGAGAGGAGACUCCUCCUCUCCAGCUAGCUCUCCAGAGUGGUGGAUCCAAGACCUCUCUGCUCUAAGAAUCGAUUAUUACGCACGUGUUGUCUCUGCCAUGGCUAGAACAGGGUUGCGGUCUGAGAGUAUCAUCACUUCUCUUAUGCAUUACUCUCAAGAAUCUUUGAAAGGCAUCAGAAACCGUCAAGAACGGACCAAGCUCGACUCUGGAACUAUUGAGAACGAGCAGAGGAACGUCGUUGAAGCAAUAGUUAGCCUUUUCCCAAACGAGAAAGUCCCUCUGAGUUUCCUCUUUGGGAUGUUGAGGGUAGGGAUUACUAUAAACGUUUCCAUCUCUUGCAGGCAUGAGCUCGAGAUGAGAAUCGCUCAGCAGCUUGAGAGAGUCUCUCUCGAUGAUCUGCUCAUACCCGUUGUCCAAGAAGGAGACUCCAUGUAUGAUGUGGACACUGUGCAUAGGAUAUUACUCUGUUUCUUGAAAAGGAUAGAGGACGAAGAACGUAAGGAAGAUGACGAGACUGAGGAGAGUCUGAUUGGUUCUACGUGCCACGGGUCGUUACUUAAAGUGGGUCUGAUCAUAGAUGCGUAUUUAGCAGAGAUCGCACCAGACCCGUUCCUGAGUCUACACAAGUUUACUGCUUUGAUAGAGAUUUUGCCGGAUUACGUGCGUGUCACGCAUGAUGGUCUCUACAGAGCUAUUGAUAUGUUUCUUAAGGGACAUCCGUUGCUGACCGAACAAGAAUGCAAAAGUCUAUGCAAGUUCGUGGAUACGAAAAGACUUACGCAAGAAGCAUGCAACCACGCGGCACAGAACGACCGGUUACCGGUGCAGAUGGUUGUUCGAGUUCUUUACUCGGAGCAGAUGCGUCUGAAGAAUAUUGUGUCAGGAGAGUCAGGGGAAGAAGGGAUAAUGUUGUCGUCGUCUCAGAAACUCAGUAGCGGGGUCCCAAGUGGAGCAACGUCUCCGAGAGAUACUUAUGCGUCGUUGAGGAGGGAGAACAGGGAGUUGAAGCUGGAGAUCUCGAGGGUGAGAGUGAGGCUUAGUGAGUUAGAGAAGGAGCAGGUUUUGAUGAAACGAGGGAUGUUGGAGAAGUCAGGUCAUGGUGGAACAUUGUUGACUUCACUGUCCAAAGGGAUUGGGAGGAUGUCGAUAUUUGGUGGAGCUAAAGAAGAGCAGCGGAGGAAGGCUAACCGCAAAACCAGGUCUAGGUUUAAGGGAAAAACCGGUAGUAACCGAACAGAGUCUAUGUUUUAAAGGUAGCUACCACUUAUUAGCUAGGGAACACUUAAAUAAUAAUAUCAUGUAUUCUCCAAAAUGUCUAUGGCUAUGCCUGAGUGUAUAUUGCAAUGAGAUUUAUC